CUUCUUCCAACUGUAUAAAUGUGAAGCAGGUGGACAGCAGUGACACAGCACAGAGAACAAGCCGACAGAGCUCAGCUGAGACUUUAAUCCACUGUUGCAACACGAAGCCAACAAACAAACUUCAGGAUGGCCGCUCCUCGUCUCGCUCUGUCUGUGGUUGUGCUCAUGCUGGCUGUCAUCGCUCUGACUGAGGGUAUGCGCGGUGCUGGCCCAAAAAAGUGCUGCUUCCGCUUCAAUGACCAGGAAGUGCCUAAAGGAAGAGUGGUCAGCUACGUCAAGACCAGCCAGCGCUGCUCCAAGUCCGCCAUCCUGCUGAACACAGUGGCAGGCCGACAGCUGUGUGUCAGACCUUCGGCCCCCUGGGUGAAGCAGCUCAUCAGCUACCUGGAUGCCAAAGCCGUCCCAGGAGAGACAUCCAACCUGUAACCAUGGAAACUACUGUGGAAGAGCCUUCAUGGACAAAAGCUGGACAGUUUAUAUGUUUAAAUGCUGGCAGUUUUUAAGCUAUAACCAAACAGCAGCUCUUCUUCAUGCUGAAUCUGUACCUCAUAAUGUUAUAGCUACAUCCUGAGUACAGGUUUCCACUGGGUCAAAAAAUUUACGAAUGAUCUUUCUGCAGUCCAACGAUUUUGUGUGUGUGCUUGUUUACACUGCCAUUCUUUUAAUACUGAUAUUUAACAUUUCUGACUAUGAAUGUUUUAUGAUAUUUUACAAAACAAGUGUGUUUUUGCUUAAUACAACACUGAAAGUCUGACCGUAAGCACUGUGAUACUUUGAAGUGUAAUCUGAAAUGACUUGAGAAGCUGUUCUUUGUGAAAGAGCAGUGCCUCCCACCUCCACAUGGUGUCAUCAGUAAACAGCAGAGUAUAAGCUAUGGGCUGCAGCACUGUUCCUGCACUGUGGACAGUUCGCUUGGUUUUGAUGUAAAACUUAAGUAUUUGUGUUUUUAUGAUUGUGCUGAAAACUUCACUUUAAAAUAAAGGAU